AUGUACAAAAUUCUGGACAAGCUUCAGCUGCAACAUGCAUCCAAAAAGCUAGUUCUUAACAGAGAUGAUCAGGCGGGUUUCAGGCUUGACACCACAUACACACAUUCGCAACAUCGUGUUAUCAGUAGAGCAAGAAAUCACACAAGAACAGACUUUGUGAACAAGUAUUCUUCGGUUUUACAAACUAGCACCUACCUAUUAAUGGAGACAGACGCCUCUAAUGAAAGGGCAGCAGGAAUUGUUAAAGACCAUGUUUCCUUUGGUAAAAACCCUUCACAGCAUGCAAGUGAUUUAAAGUUCCUUAAGACAACAGAAGAGUUCAAGGAUUAUUUAUCAGGCAAAACAGUGGAUUGCAUCCAUGUGGACGGUGCUUCAGACGAGCGUCCUUCAUUACUUGAAGUUCAAUUUCUAUGGACAGAGAUCCAUCUUAAGGAAGAAAAAGUAUGCAUGUGUGUAACAGCCAGGAACAGUGGCGGAAGUUUCUUGAACAGGGUAGAGCUAGUUAACGGUUGUAUUGCGAGAGCACAUAGUAAUAUCUUCAUCCCCUCCACGUUAAAUGGAUCAAAUUUGGCUGCAAGUGGGUUAAGUGAAGAAAAGCUCAAAGCAAAUCUGGACACUGCGGCAUCUGUGUACAUUGACAGGGUUCAAAAUGCUCCUUUUGGGAAAACAAACAUCGUCUUCUUUAAAGGCAAUAAAGAUGAGUAUGGAAGAUAUCUUGGGAACAGAUGGCAAAACCUUCUGACAUUUUUACAUGGUUCAAAAAAAUCGAAACAACAGCUGAAAGUCUCAAAUCCUGUAGAGUACAAUUAUUUUGAGAAUGUUUGGCAAGUUCGAAAUGAUCAUUAUAUCAAAGAUUAUCCUGAACAGUAUGUCUUCCUGCUUUACUUAUGCUAUAAACCAACUUGUAUUCAUCCGGUGUGUAGAAAGGGAAAGGCUGUUGUUGAACCUAAGUGGUUUGAUGAUGGCCCGAUCCUAUCUGUUAUCCCCAUGCCUGUGAAGGACCCCAAACGACCAUGGGGCGGCAAAUGCAAUCAGUGCAAAGGGACAUUUUGUUCAGGUCACUACCUUAAAGCAGAAGAAUGCAUUGGACUCGCUAUGGAUCAGCCCAUGUAUAAUCGAAAAAUUCAGCCGCCCUCGGCUUUCUUAAAAGCAGAGUUUUCAAAAUUGAAAGACCACUCAAAGAUUCCUGACAGCGUCAUGGAACGAUGUUCACAGGAAACUCUACUUAGCCUGGACGAGGUGAAGAUGUGGUUCGGCCACUUAAGGGGCGUUGCAGAAAGGGCGCGUGCAGUAAAGGCAGCAGCGACCAGAGCCGCAAAGAAACAUACUGGAGAUACUGGUAAGAUACUUCUGUUAAAGGAAACUGCAUGUCAUCCAUCUCCUAUUUCGCCCUUUUUCAUUUCGGAAUAUACAGUAAGAAUGUGAAAUAAACUUUUAAUUCCUAUUAUUUUGCGUGCUAUAGGAGAUCCACGUUUCGGGUUUUGUCCCUGUGGAAAGGACGAUGAUGAUUUUAUGAUUGGCUGUGAUGCAAAAGAAUGCAGGUUUCAGUGGUAUCACUACGAGUGUGUUGGCUUAGACGGCGAAACAAUUCCAGAAGGAGACUUGUUUUGCAGAGAGUGCUUGUCCAAAUAG